CACUCUCCCCCCGUCCCUAAGCUGCACAGCUCCUUACAACCCUUUUGAGCCUGUCUAGCAGAGAGAGCAAGAGAAUGAGUGUGUUUGUGUGUGUGUGUGCGCACGUGCUGUGUGAGAGACACAGAGAGGCAGCCGAGAUGAGAGUGUGAAGCAGUGAGAGGGAAAACCUUGAAAGAACAGCAAAGGCGAUCAGAAAGGGGGGAGGGAGACGGCGUACACAGCAAAAAGGCAGAGCAGAGUAGAAGAAAGAGAAGAGAAGAGGGGAGGGAUAUAAAGUGUAAUGUGAAUGUACUAUCUUUGAUAGUCCUGGUGCCAAAGUCAAGAGAUGCAAUGACUAGAUGACCAACCACUACACGCACCAGCAUCCUGUCCUGGAGCCUUGACAGGAGGGGACAAGAAAAAUCCACACACACUCAAAGGCAAAACACUCUCUUCAAGCAGUCCCACAUCCUCUGGAUCAUGUCGUCUACUGGGUCAGCCAACCAUAACAAGCGUCUGGCAUCGGAGACAGACAACUCACAGAGGGUGUUGGACAAUGAAUCAGCCCAGCACCUGAAGCUGAGGGACAGACAGCGCUUUUUUGAAGAGGUCUACCAGCAUGACGUGGACAACUACCUGCCCUCUGCUCACCUGCAGAUUGACUGCAGGAAACCCCCAAUGGGAAGCAUCUCUUCUAUGGAGGUGAACGUGGACGUCCUGGAGCAGAUGGACCUGAUGGACAUCUCUGACCAGGAGGCUCUCGACGUGUUCCUCAACUCAGGCUCAGGAGCAGACGAGGGAGCGCUGGCAUCUCCACUACCAGAGGUUGAGGACGAAGACGAAUAUGAGGAAGAUGAAGAUGCAGAGGUCGUCUACAGGGAGCGCGCACCUUUGAAACGGCAAAAUGAAGUUCACCGUGGGUCUCGCAUGUCCUCUACGUCAUCUGGUUCCAGUGACACCAGCGGGGGCGGAGUCGACACACCUGUGAUCCAGUCUGACGAUGAAGAAGUCCAUGCCGACACUCUGCUGCUGACCUCUGUUCCCCAUACCAGGGAUGAAGAAACAGAGGAGGAAGACGAGGACGAAAGAUGCCUUGCAACUAAGUCUUCAUAAAGACUGAAUUUGAAGAUUUGUAGAUUUGUAGCGUAAAAAGAGCCAGAGACCUCUCUCUGUCUCUCUUUGCUCUUCUUUUCUUUUCAGGAAAACCUAGCAUGGUUGACCUGGCUGUGAUUUGCUGUGUCUUUUGAAUGUUUUCCUGAGUACACUGGAUUUUUCUUUACAACUAAUCUUCUCUAUUUUUCCUAUUAACUGUUAAAUAAUCUAUUUUGUUGUUUGGCUAAUCUCUUGGCAAUGUAAAUAUUCCAGAAUCCAAAUGUUAUUAGUCAUCCCAGUCCUGUGCACUAACAUGUUCAAGAUUUAUUCCUCUUGUUGCCAGAGAAAAACCACUCUCAUGCCCACUUUGUGUCAGAAAGAUACAGGUGCGAAACAGUCAUGUGAAACAGUAAGUCUGCUUUAAAGACCUGCCAUAAGUACAAGAAUAGAAACAGAGUAGAGUCAUAAUCAGAAAGCAAAUUUAGAACAAUGCAAAGAAAAGUGAAGUCCGAGGCAAUCUGUAAAUCUCAUUCGCAGGGGGGCUGAAGCUGAUCCCAGAUGACACUGGGUGAGAGGCAGGACACAAUCAAUCACAGUGCUGACACAGACACGGACAACUAACCUAACCUAACCUGCAUGUCUUUGGAUUGUGGGAAGAAGCUGUAAAAAACCCAAACAGGGAGAAUAUGCAAACUGCAAAAGGUGGGGGAGGAUGGAGGAAUCAAAUACCAACACACAGAAAAGCUAUUAAUUAGUCUGUUUAAAGGCUUUGAGGUGUGGAACCAUUAAGACUUCAUAAUGACAGGUAUUGAGAGCAUGUUUGAAGGGCAAUCUGACUGAAUUUAGUUCAAAGGCUCAAGGAACAAAUUGCAGGCAUCAUGCAUGUUCUCUUUGUGUUUUCAGAGGAUUACUAUGGGGUAGAAAUUAGGCACUUUGAGCAAAACCCAACAAAAGGUUUCACUUGUUUGACAAUGUUAUCAUGAAUCUAUUGCCAUGUGCAUGUGCAAACUAUUAACAGUAUCAUGAAUGGAUUUGUGUUUGUAAAUGCAUGACAUUUUGUUCUUGUUGUUUUCAGUUUUGUAAUUGAAAAGUGAUUCAUUACUGAACUAUGCAGGUGACACCUGUACUUGAUAACAAGUUACUCCUCUCUUCCAUGUGGGAUGUAAUUUGAGAGUUGGGUAUUUAUGCAUGUGGAGAGAGAGUGAUUCACUUGAGAAAUAUUUGUUUGUUUAUGCACUGUGUGAAAGAUGUAUAUCUAUUUGUAAGGGGGACGUGUGACUGUACUGUCUGCCUGUGAGGGUGUGGAUGGUAAACAUUACAAUACAACAGGUAUGGUUGUAUACUUAUAAUACUAUACGUGGUUGAGCCCACAUCUACAUUCAAAACAAGUGAUGUGUAUGUCUUCCCUAUUUGAAUAUCUUGCUAGGAACUAAAUAAAAAUGAAACAGGUUAAAACCAUUGAAUUUA